AUGAUGCUGGCUGCACCCCGAACUCCAAAGCGACUCCAUCUUCCCAGCACACCCAGCGCCUCACCCGCCGCGGAAACUCCUCAGCUCGCCUCCGCUGCUAUCACCAUUUUGCCAAGGCCAGCGCACGAAGCGAGACCUCGGCUACGCGCGAGAACUGUGCGGGGCACCGGUCCCAAGGCGGAACUGGAAGGCAAUCCCAUCGCACCCCGCGCGUUCCCACAGUGCUCCGCGGCAGUCACUAUGGAGGCCGGCAGGACGGCUGUGCUCCGGGUAAAGCGGAAGCGCAGUGCGGAGCCUGCCGAGGCUCUUGUGCUCGCCUGUAAACGCCUCCGUAGCGACGCGGUCGAGUCGGCGGCCCAGAAGACGCCACAGGGUCUGGAGAGAGCAGCCGAGAAUAAUGUCUUCCAGUUGGUGGCCACUGUAUGCUCCCAGGAGGAGCCAGUCCAGCCGCUCCUGCGGGCAGCUUUGCGCCCGUCACUGGACAGCCAGCAACGUGUCCGCCGCAAUCUCCGCGCCUCGGCUCGGGAGAUCCGGCAGGAAGGCCGCUACCAGGUGGUCUCCAGCCGCCGAUCCUCGAGGACCACCUCGAGCGGCCAGGAGUCCGAGUACACGUCGGGGAACCCAGAAGUCUCCGGGGACUCGGGCUUUCAGCUGUUAGACCUUGUCCACGAGGAGGGAGAACCUGAAGCCGCCGCUGCGGCCUCCUGCAAAAUACCUGACUCAGAUGUGAUACUCUGCAAUUCUGUAGAGUUGAUCCGUGAGCGAUUGACUGUGUCUGAGGAUGGACCAGGAAUCAGGCACCAGGAAGAACAAAAACAUGACUACGUAUAUGACAUUUACUACUUGGAGACGGCCACUCCAGGCUGGAUUGAGAACAUCCUCUCCGUGCAGCCCUAUAGCCAAGAGUGGGAGCUGGUGAAUGAUGAUCAAGAACCAGAGGACAUUUAUGAAGAUGAAGAUGACGAGAACAGUGAGAAUAACUGGCGCAAUGAGUACCCAGAGGAGGAGAGCAGUGAUGGAGAUGAGGAUUCCAGAGGCUCUGCUGACUACAACAGCCUGAGUGAGGAGGAAAGAGGCAGCAGCAGACAGCAGAUGUGGCACAAGUACCCUCUGGAUGUGCAGAAGGAGUUCGGCUAUGACAACCUCCAUGACCUGGAUUCAGACUGAUGGUCUUGUGAUGUCCAUGAGGUUCUGCCACAAGCCUGUGAGGGCUCUGAGUCCAGGGUAAACUGCCCUGCUGACAUCCUCUUAGGUUUCCUAGCUUAACAUGUGGAAGAAAAGCAUAUCAAGCAUGUUGGGCCGCACCAUCCCAACACAGUGAAAACUUUUGUUAAGGGAGUGAGUCUUUUCCUACUUACAGUAGGGCCCCUUUGCCUCAAUCAAAAGUAACCCUACAGUUUGAAAGAAAAAAAAAUGUUAUAAAAAGGACGUUUCUUUAGCUUCUUGGCCCAGGCAUUUUCCUGGAAUUCAGGUCAGGUUCUCCUGUGCUGAAACCACAAGGGAAAGAGAGUUUCCCAUUUCAUUAGCAGUAAGGUUCUGCCUUGCCAUACCACCAGGCCGCCUGCCUGCCUCUAAGAAAACCCUGUUCCUUUGGAUAGAUAGCAUCUAAGAGGGGUACCAGUGGGUCCCUUGUAGCAAUACAGACUGGAUAGUAAUGGCCAUUAGGGCAGAAAAUAGUCUGUCUGAGCUGUGGAAGAUUUUAUAUACCAACUAUCUCUGCUUCCAAACUCUGAUAAUGGUUGUGAAAUUACUGACUUUCUUUGGCAAUGGUGCCAAGAAACAGUAUAUGUACUAAUGUGAUACAUGUGUUUAGUAAAAGCUAGCUUUGAAAAUGGAAGAAAGUAAUUAUUUUAAAACCUUUUAAAUCUGAAUAUCUAAAACAGGGAGAGGGGGUAGUGAGAUAGAAGUUUCAGCAUUGAUUAUAGAUACUAAGGACUUAAGAGAGGAAAAACAAAGAACUUUUCUAACUCAGCUUUCCACUGAGUAAUGUUUACUCUUCACAGCACUCACCAGGAACACAAACUACUAUCAACAGGGUCAAUUUUGUUACAACUGUAUCUCUUCUAAGCAAACUCUGUCCCUAUGCCUUUCCAAACCACAGCUGCGUUCACUGAGUGCCUUGGUGUUUAUUCUAGCUAGAACUAUCUGUAGUGACAAUACGCACUGUGUAGUAGCAGACACAGGUGGCUGCUGAGCACUUGAAAUGUGAUUAGCGCAACUGAGAAACUGGGCUUUUAAUAUUAUUUCAUUUUAAUGUAAUUAGCUACAUGUGGCUAGUAGCUGUUGUAGCGGGACAGCACAGGUCUAAGGAAACAACGUUAGGGGUCAGUUAGGGGUGUGCCCUCCUAGCCUGUGACAGUGUCUCUGACUCACUAUCAUGGGGGAAGGUGAGUUACACAGGGAGAUACCUUUUUGCCACCUCUUUUAAGAUUUCCUAAGUAUCUCCUCCCUCCUACCUGCUAUCAUUCUUUGACUUAAUGUCCAUUUCCUAAGCCUUUACCUACACUAGUUCUUACCUACAUAGAGUUGUUAAACCUGCCAAAGUGAUUAAAUUCUGUGUACUCAGGCCCUAUAUAUUGCAACUCAUUAAAACAAACAUCCUAGGUAUGCACAAAGGAGUAAUUCAACAUUAUAACAGGCAGCAACUUGUAUGUCUCAUAUUAGACAUCUUGCUUCUGUCUGUAGGCAUAGAAACAAAGGAUUGAAAACCAUUCUUACAUUCACAGCAACCAGGUGAAAAAAGAAAACGCUGUGGCAUGAUAAUGUGCUCACUGCCGUUUAUGUACUCAUUAAGUUUUACCAACAUUAAAGGGCCGGCAACUUAAUAAACUGUACUCACUGCAAAAGGGAUAAGCACACCAGGAGAAGGAUUUAAGGAGACAGACAACAAAGAGCUGGCAGAAAUUAAUUCCACCAUGAAGUUUGAGUGCUGUAGGGAGUCUCUGGCUUCACUCCCAAAAAGGGGAUCCUGAGAGAAGUCUGUAUACAGCACAGGGGGAGAAUGCUGUCACCAUCCAAAAAUGAAAGGAGGAUGACACGGCUCACUAAGCAAGUACUAGGGCACCUGGCGUGUAAGGUCCUUGCUUUUCCUAGAAGCCUGUGGGGGGCAGCAAAUUCCUGGGAUUAGCUGGUUAUCUGGUGGAGAAUGCUAAAGCCAGGGUCAGGGAUCUUUUAAGGCAGGCACACUUUACUUAAAGGAUUAGCUCCAAAGGAGUCCCGGGAUGGGUGCCAGCUUGGCUCAGACAGAAGUCAUGUUCUUAGAGUUUAGGCAAGUCAGCCUUUGCACAAGACACCCUGUCGCCAGGCAGGAAUUUGCCAUACAAAUCCUGAACCCAUGACAGUAAGAAUGUCACCCCAUGCUUCACAUAUGCAAUAUGCUCUGAACCCAAGGCAACUGUGACCAUGCUUCCUUCAAUCUUUAUUGAGCAAAUAUAUGUCCAAGGUUAUUCCCUUAUCUGACUGGGUGGAGAAGAAUGGUCAGAAAGGGAGACUGCCUCACUUUGACCAAUUCUAAAACCUAAGGAUAAGAAGCCCAUGAGGUGUGUCAAGCUAGCAGGUUCUUCUGGGCCCCGGAUGACAGCGUCUGGCAGCAUCACCAAACAGUUGUACAAUCCACUGCAGCUGUACUGCUCAUAGAGUAAGAUCCAUUAGGCCAGAGCAGGCCUGACUUGGGUGGAGAGCCCAGCCUGAGCACCAGAAUUAGUUGCCUGCACUUGUGCAGCCUGCUGAGGAGCCAGACUGAGGUUGAAGCAGCUUUCCUCCCAGUCUUCACUGAUCUCCACAGGGAGAAAAUAGAAGUCCCCACAAGUACCAAGCUCUUCCUGAGACUGCAGCCCACCACACCUUGGGGAAAGGGAGGCUGGCAGGAGAGGAGUGCACUGUCCUGGUGACCCACACCAAGGCGGCUCCAAGUGUAAACAAAGCCUGGUGCCAGGGACAGAAGAGGAGGACGCAGCCUGAUGUGAGGUUUUCAGAAAAAUGACCUAGCACCAGGGUGGGCUUGCUUGGGUCUGCACAGCAGUCCCUCGCACUGCCCUUACAGAGGGGAACAGGUUAUUUGAUGACUUGAGCCCAUGAGAUGUUCUCCAAGUCAUUGACAGCUGAAAGAAUUCACCUAAAUUCUGUUAAGUUUCAGCCCUCUUAAAGUUUGUAACAGAAACCCAGAGAUUUACUAUCAGCUAGAACAAAGACACAAGGUCUUAAGUAAAAUAAAGGAUUAUCCUUCAAAAACAGCA